AUGAAAGAUGUGGUAGAAAUAGCAAGAGAACCAGAACAAGAAGUGGAGCCUGAACAUAGGACUAACUUGCCGCAAUCUCACGAUAACACUUUAACGGAUGAGGAGUGGCUUCUUAUGGAUGAGCAAGGAAAGUGGUCUCUUGAGAUGGAAUCUACUCCUGGAAUUGCCACAGCCAUCCCAACCUUCAGCAACCACCACCCUGAUGAGUCAGCAGCCAUCAACCUGAGGGAAGACCCCCCCACCGCACUCAUCACACUCUCUCUCCCUGCCGCCAACGAGUUGCGCGGGGGCAGAAGGUCGCGCGCAGGCAGAAGGUCGCGCGCAGUCAAGACUUCGGCUACACUCGUAAUCCACUGCCAGGCGGAGAAAGGCAUUGCUGCCAGAGGUGUAAUGGACGUUAAUACUGCUUUACAAGAGGUGCUGAAGACCGCCCUCGUCCACGAUGGCCUAGCACGUGGAAUUCACGAAGCUGCCAAAGCCUUAGACAAGCGCCAAGCCCGUCUUUGUGUGCUUGCAUCCAACUGUGAUGAGCCUAUGUAUGUCAAGUUGGUGGAGGCCCUUUGUGCUGAACACCAAAUCAACCUAAUCAAAGUUGAUGACAAGAAACUAGGGGAAUGGGUAGGCCUCUGUAAAAUUGACAGAGAGGGAAAACCCCGUAAAGUGGUUGGUUGCAGUUGUGUGGUGGUUACGGACUAUGGCAAAGAGUCUCAGGUGAAGGAUGUCAUCGAGGAAUACUUCAACCACAAGAAAUGA